AAAAAUAUAACAUAACUUGCUCAUCUCUAAAAUUCUAGACCAGUUUAGAAAGUCAUAUACAUUAUAGUUAUAAACUUUGAACCCCGUUACCAGUUGGUUCUACAUCGAUUUAGGGAAGGUCAUCUGAUAAGUGCAACAGCACAUUCGAAGCGAUAACAGAGUGUAUUAGUAACGAAACUACCGCUUGGGAGUAUACAGUUCUUUAUACAUACAAAUAUUUGUGACACUGACCAAGAAAAUGGCUGAAGAUAGAUUGGACGUCAUAAUAUUUGGUGCAACCGGCUUUACUGGGAAGUACACAGUUUAUGAAGCAGUUAAAGUGCUGGACAACCUACGGUGGGGAAUAGCCGGUCGUAACCAUGAUAAGUUGAAGGCAGUUCUCGAAGAAAUGGGCACCAAGUCCAAAAAGGACCUCUCCCAUAUACCAAUUUUUCUUGCUGAUGUCAACGAUGAGGCUUCCCUGCUGGAAAUGGCCAAACGAUGUCGCGUGCUUGUCAACACAGCAGGUCCAUACCGCUUCUACGGCGAAAAGGUAGUAAAUGCCUGUAUUGAGGCGGGCACCCAUCAUGUGGAUGUGAGUGGUGAGCCACAAUAUAUGGAAAACAUGCAGCUGAAGUACAACGAACGAGCUAGGCAGCGCGGUGUCUAUGUGGUGAGCGCGUGCGGAUUUGAUUCCAUUCCCGCAGAUCUGGGCAUUGUGUUCGUAGAGAAGAACUUUGACGGCGUGGUUAACUCAGUGGAGACAUUUUUGCAAAGCGGUGUCGAGGACGGAAGUGCUGGUGGCGGAGCUGCCCUAAAUUUUGGCACUUGGGAAAGCGCUGUCUAUGGCCUGGCCCAUGCUGAUGAACUUCGCGGCAUACGCCAGAAACUGUUCCCCGAACGUUUGCCCAAGUUCUAUCCGAUCCUGAAGCAUCGUCCAUUAAUUUUUCGUUCAUCGGAGGUAAAUAAGGUAUGCUUACCCUUCCCUGGCUCGGAUCGUUCAGUGGUUAUGCGUUCCCAGCGAUAUUUAUACGAACAUGAGAAGAAGCGCCCGGUACAGAUGCAUGCCUACGUUGCAUUUCCAUCGUGGAUUGCUGCCAUAGCUGUUGCACUCUUUGCUACAAUUUUUGGCCUUCUCUCCAAGUUUAAAUUUGGCCGAGACCUAUUGCUGAAGUACCCAGGCUUUUUUUCGGGUGGCAUGGUAGCUCGCGAUGGUCCUAGCGAAUCGCGAAUGGAACGCUCAUUCUUUAAAAUGACAAUGAAAGCAGUGGGCUGGCCAAAGUCCGAAAAACUGGGGGAGUGCACGGAUCAGUACACAGAUCCACCAUCCAAGACAUUAAUGGUCAAGGUAUCUGGCCCCAAUCCAGGAUACGGAGCCACUUGUGUAGCCCUGCUUUCCACAGCUGUAACAAUUCUACGUGAAAGCAGCAAAAUGCCCAGCACAGGUGGCGUAUUUCCGCCUGGAGCUGCUUUUGCCAAGACGAGCCUAAUCAGUGAGCUGGAGAAGCAUGAACACGGAAUGAAGUUUGAAAUACUGGCCAACAAGUGAUCUUUGGCAUUAGCAACAUGUACAUUAUUUUUAUUGUUAAUUCCACUUACAACAUGUACAUUUUUACUAUUCCCGUGUUUUAUCUUUGCGGUUGUAAAAUAAAUUUAAUAUAUUACCAAAUAAACACCCAAUUGGUGCGGGCUUCAAAGCGUA